CGCUAGCUCACAAACCUUAAUGAUUUGUGCGAAGCCAUCAUGGCAGAUAAAAGUAAACCUGUCUCUGGAACUAAUACACCAAGCGCACAAGACAGCAUAAAAGACUGGAGCAACCGUCGACACAUUGCCGCGCUUAUCCUUGCUAGAGGAGGUAGCAAAGGAAUACCUCUGAAGAACAUUAAACUGCUUGCCGGAGUCCCGCUUAUUGGAUGGGUGCUUCGAGCAGCGGUAGACUCCGACCUCUUUGACAGUGUUUGGGUAUCAACGGACCAUGACGAAAUUGAAAAAGUGGCCAAAGCUUGGGGGGCACAAGUCCACCGUCGCAGUCUUGAGGUUUCCCAGGACUCAUCUAGUUCUUUGGACACUAUGCAAGAGUUUGUCCGACAGAGACCAGAAGUGGACGUUAUCUGUCACAUCCAAGCCACCUCACCCUGCCUGCACCCACGCCAUCUUAGAGAAGCACUGCAAAUGAUCUUAGACCAGGGUUAUGAUUCUGUCUUCUCUGUGGUGAGGAGACACCAGUUCCGUUGGGAGGAGGUCAAGCAAGCAGAAGGCAGAUGCUCUAAACCCCUAAACAUAGAUCCAUCCAAGAGGCCACGCCGCCAGGACUGGGACGGAGAAUUGUGUGAAAAUGGCUCCUUCUACAUCAACACGAGAGAGCUCAUUGAGAAGGGUGUCCCUCAGAUGGGGAAAGUUACUUACUAUGAGAUGCCUCCAGAAUACAGUGUAGACAUUGAUGUGGACAUUGACUGGCCUGUUGCAGAGCAAAGAGUUGUCAGGUAUGGGUAUUUUGGCAAAGAGGAGUUGGAGGUGGUCAACCUGCUGUUUUGUUCUGUGUCAGGCUGUCUGACAGAUGGACAGUUAUACAUAUCUUUAUCUGGAGAGGAAAUGGUGUCCAUCAACAGUAGAGACAUGAUGGGCAUCCACAUGCUUCAGAAGGAUGGUGUGGAGGUGAUUCUGAUCUCCUCAAAAGAGGAUCCCGUGUCCAAAACUCUGGCAGACAAACUUGCUGGGCAUGCAGGCUGCAAAGUGAUGCAUGGGGUGGAACAACGGCAAGCUGUAGUGGAGCGUCUCAUGAAAGAGAGAGGGCUGGUAUGGAAGAAGGUGGCCUACCUGGGCACUGAUAUACUGGAUGUGAGUUGUUUAAACCUGGCUGGGCUGAGUGCAGCACCAGGUGAUGCCCCUGCAGAGGCUCUCAACGCAGCUAAGUACAACUGUCGUAGCCCUGCAGGAAGAGGGGCGGUCCGUGAGUUUACUGAACAUAUCCUGUUACUGAAGAAGAAAGCCAAGUCCAAGAUGGACCAAGACCGCAUUGACCGAAUGUCUUUCUAGCUCAAAAUCAGUUAGAAAGAUUUCUCAUAUAUAGGUCUCAUCUGAGACCUUGUUACUAAGAUAAAGCCAGAAAACUUUGAUCACAUAUAUAUUUGCUACAAAUGGUAUAUAUAGCAAAUAUUUUGAUUGCUUUCUUAACCCAAGUCGAAAUACAAGAAGUCUAGGUUGUCAUUCCAGGGGUGUUAGAUAAAUCAGAUAUUGAAAUCUAUUUUGCCAUUGCUACAUCUUUUCAGACAUUCCCAUUUAAUCAGAGUUUCCAUUUUGGGUGCAAACAGUUAGAAGUCAUGCCUCCGUAAUCUUGAGAACACAGAAGAACUUGAAUGAAAUAAGGGAUAAUACUUGUCUUAUCAAUGUGCUUGAAGAGCAGCAGAUACAUACAUGUACCUUGGAAAUUGAACUAGUGUGAUUAAUGUUGGUCAUUAAUGUCUCAGGGUAUCUAUUAUCACUUUACGGUUUAUUUAUGGAUGAGGGUUCAGGUUAAUCUUUAUGUGAUUAGAUAAUGGGAUUUUUAUCUCUCUGCUUUGGAGCGCUGUCAAUGAAAAGUGAUUGAAUGAUGUAUAUGUUUUCCCAAUAAAACCACAGAGGGUUAGCACACCUG